UAUCAUCAAUAGCCCAUGUGUUAUCAGACUCAAUUUGCCUGUCUGUCCCUUGGCGUCCUAAAAUUAUGACAUGAUUUGAAUAAGUCUGCCAUUUCCUUCAGCACAGCAUACAAACAACCUGCUCAACAGACCAAACGACAAGCAUUUUUCAUCACACCGCAUGAAUGAGAUUGAGACCAUUCGAUAAAAUAUAGGAUUCUGGUUUAUAAUGACCAUGAUAUUUCUAUCUCUCCUGCUUCUUCUCUGGGGUGUUCCCCUUUCAAAUGCUUCAGGCCGACUAAGAAGUUUCCAUUUGAUCAAUGAGCAACAAAUGAGUAUAAAUGAAGCACGAAAAACUUGCAAAAGUAACUACACUGACCUUGUCACAAUCUACAAUGAUGAAGAAAAUUCGGAGUUAGUUAAUUUUCUCAAGAAGAGUAGUUUGAGUACUGGUUGGAUUGGUGCCAGCAGCUGUAAAUGGUCAAAUCAUAAUCUGGUCACAUUCACCAACAUCAGCAGCAAUUUUACUGAAGAAAACUGCUGUGGUGCCAUAAACACUGAUGGAGAAUGGGAGUGUUUCAAUUGUAGUUCAACAAAAAUCUACUUCAUGUGUUAUGAUCAAGAACACCAGACCACUAAUGGAUCCUGCAGUAACAGAUCCUGCAUUAAUGGAUCCAACAAUAACAAAUCCUUCAGUAAUGAAUCCUGCAUUAAUGGUUCCAGCAUCAAUGAGUCCUUCAGUAAUGGAUCCCUCAAUUACAGGCAGCAAUCCUACAACUACAGUUUAAUCCGUGAAAACAAAACCUGGUUUGAGGCUCAGCUGUACUGCAGAAAGAAUCACACUGAUUUAGUCACUAUCAGAAAUUAUGAGGAAAAUGAACGAGUGAAGGAAGCAAGAAAUGGGAGUAACUCUUUCUGGAUCGGCCUCCAAUAUAAUACCAAUGUUGAUUGGCUUGAUGGUGGACAUUCUAAUCACACACAGAAUACUAAAUCUAAAGGGUGUUUUACAUUUCUCUCAAUGCAUGGAUUUUGGGUGAAAAGUAACAGGAAUGGCUGUUCUGCUCUUUGCUACAAAAGCCUCAUUUAUGUGAGUCCUGUUAAAAAGUCCUGGGAGGAUGCUCUGAUUUACUGCCACAGACACUAUUCUGGACUCCUGCGCAUCGAGUCUGAGAGUGAUCAGAAAGAAAUACAGCGAGAGCUAAGAAGAAAGGAUAUCUCCGGGCCGGUGUGGGUGGGGCUUAGGCAGAGUCGACUUUUCGGAUUCUGGAUGUGGUCCGAUGGGCUUCAUGUGGGACACUGGACCAAUUGGAAAGUAGGAAGUCAAACCGAACAUCUGAUUUCCCAACACUGCGGUGCCACAGAAGAGGUGGACGGUGAAUACAAAUGGUCUGAUAAAGACUGUAGAUCAGAAUUUACUUUCUUAUGUGAGGUGAAGUAAUAUAUGCCACAGUAAACUGCUGUAUCUUCAUGUCUUGUAUAAUAAAGCUCUCAGUUAGUAUCUACUUGGUAAUGCAAUCCUUAGUGUACCUGUUGCCUUUUUGAUUUUUAUGUGCAUCAUUUUGUAAACCUUUAUGUCUCAUACUAAAAAUGAAUAUUAAAAGUCGUUCAUGAAUGCA